UCCACCACCACAUACAGCCAUCAUCAACACAUCAGUUUCACAUCAUCAUCCUCAAUAUGCUCUCACCGACACGCGUUUAUAAAACCCACACGCAUCGGAGAUUGAGAUUACUGUAAGGACCACCCGUUUCUCCGUUUGAUAUGAAAUCGUGCAUUUCAUAUCGCCGUGGAGAGAGGAAAAUCAUGCAUGUGUCUAAUUGACGAAAAACAAGGAUUUUUUUAUCAGCCCAUAUGUUUUCAGAUACCAUGCACAACUAGCCAACAGACACCAUUGAUGAUCGAUAAGAGUGGGGUCGGGUGGCCAUGGACCCCUUCAGCCAGCUGAUCCUGCUCAUCUCGGUGGUGAGUUUUUGCACUUUCCAGUGGCUCUUUCAUAGCGUGAGCCCCUGGGCAUCGUCCAGAAUCAGCCCUGGCUUCCUCAAACUCACCCACAAACAGAAGAUCGAGUGGAACUCAAGGACUGUGUCCACGCUCCAUGCCCUGUUGGUCGGCCUCUUCUGCCUCUACAUCCUGUUCUUCGAUGAGGCCGUCAAUCAGGACCCCGUAUGGGGAGAUCCUACUCUGGUGAAGAUAAACGUGAGCAUUACUACAGGCUACCUCAUAUCUGAUCUGCUGCUUAUAUUUUACUAUUGGAGAGCAAUAGGAGACAAGUUUUUUGUAAUCCACCACCUGGCAGCAUUGUAUGCUUACUACUAUGUACUGGGUCAAGGAAUGUUGCCUUAUUUUGCUAACUUCCGUCUGCUUGCAGAGUUUUCCACACCGUGUGUAAACCAACGCUGGUUCUUUGAAGUAUUAGGUUACUCCAAAGCAUCCAAGCCCAACAUGACUAACGGGGUACUGAUGGCGGUCGUGUUUUUCCUGGUGCGGAUCGCCGUCAUGCCGGUAUACUACAGCCGAAUGUGCUCCGUGUACGGCACGGAGGCCUUCUACAAGGUCUCCUUCGGCGGCCGAAGCGCUUGGAUCUUCUCCAGCAUCUGCCUGGACAUCAUGAACGUCAUGUGGAUGCAUAAAAUCGCCCGCGGCUGCUACAAAGUCCUGCGUUCCAGCCGGAAAUCUAAACCCAAGAGCCAGGAGAACGGAAAAACCGAUUGAGUGAAAAGAAAGGGCAUUCGAAUUUUACACCACUUGCUCACAGACAGGGUCGUUGUCUUAUUGACGGUCUUCAUGGGACACUAUGGUAUGAUAGUGACCGGUAAAGACUUUGAAAACCACCCCAGAGCAAUAUUUCAGAGUUAAGACCCGAAACUCUGACAAAAUGUCAAACUGAGAAGAGAUCUAGUGCACCAGAAAAGACUGGCCGCCCACUUUUAUUUUGUGUUUGUUUUGAAACUGUACACCAAAAGUGCAAAUGAUGCACUGUUCGAGAUCACCGGCUGAACUGUAUUUUAACCCUGUUUGGUUUUAAAUUUAAACUGUGGGCAGGUCAACCACAUUAUUUAUUCAUCAAAGUUCAGUCCCUCGCUCUCAAAUCACUGUACUGUGCAAAGGGGCCAAGCGGUCAGUCACCUGAUGUUCACGUUUACUUCAAAGCCGCGUAUAUUGACUGUGAAAGAUUCAUCCACACAACUGCACUGCACUAAAUGAGGAAAAUCAGUGUACUCGAGAAGAAUCUCUUGGAAAAUUAAUGUCACGUACUUGUGGUGUAUUAGAUAUUUUAUCGAAUGCACCGAUGAGAUCCAACUGUGGGGAAAUAUUUUAUAUAUACAAGAUGUGAGCAGUGGUCGCAUUAAUACGGAACUGUUUUUAAGAAUGAAACCUGUUUACACUCGCUCCAGAUUCAGUUCAGAUUUCGCUCCGCUCCCAUGAAACGGACGUCAGGCUUUGUUCGCACUGUACAGUUAAUUGCAUGCGGCGAUGUUGUUCUCUGAAUGUUUGCAUUGUACAUAGAAAUUUUAUUGAACAUACGGUAAUUAUUUUAACUACGUUGGUGUACAGUGUAGGCUAUCCGAUCAAUACUGAAUGAAAUGAUCGAUUCUGAUUUGGAAAUGGUUUUAAAAGGAAGCGUAGCUCGUGAAUGUUCGAGGACUUUCUCAACGUCGGAUCGUUUUCCUGCAUCGUACCUAAUUUAUUGAACCAGUUUUGCACUGGGACAGCAUGAUAAUGUUUGUACGGCAUAUUUAUUGUUUUUUAACGGAAAGGUAUAAAAGUCGUCAAUGCAUCUGAAUAGAUAUACAGCAUAUGAGAGAUACUUUUAUGAAUUCAUUUUAAAAUUCAUUGUCACUAUGAUGAAUUUAUAUUCAUACCAUACACGUGCAUUCAGUGGAUGUGAGCACAUGAGUUUUAUUGAUUUAAAAUGUAUGAAAGAGUUCGAGAUGGCUUACAGCGAUUUGCGUGGAAACAAUUUUAAAGCGGUUCUGUUUUUAAUGAACUAAGUACUUGAAUUUUGAAAUGCGUUAUUUCUGAGAGCCAGACCUAUGAAGAAUUGUCUUUACUGGCACGAGAUAUACAGGAAUCCAUGUUGUAAUUAUUAUUAUUAUUUUAUUUUUUUUGCCUUCGUAUUCAAUCACUCAAAAUGCCUUUUUUGUUUCGUUAAAUAAACAUCUUUUAUUUACUU